AUGGCCUCGGACGCGCUCGUACCGGAGACGCGCGUGCUUGCCAUUGCCAGCCAUGUAGUCCAUGGCUACGUCGGCAACAAAAUGGCGACCUGCGUCAUGCAAGCCAUGGGCUGCGACGUCUCGGCCAUCAACACGGUGCACUACAGCAACCACACGGCCUACAAGCAGGUCAAAGGCACCAAGACGACCGCCGCCGAACUCGAGCAGCUCUACGAGGGCCUGCGCCAGUCCAACCUGACCAACUUUGACGUCCUGCUCACGGGCUAUGUGCCCAGCGCCGACGCCGUCCGCGCCGUGGGCAAGAUCGGACGGGACAUCAAGUUCAACGCCGGCACGAAGCCGGGGAGCUUCUUCUGGGCAGUGCUCGACCCCGUCAUGGGGGACAACGGGAAACUCUACAUCCCCGAGGACGAGGUGCCCGAGUACAAGCGCCUGCUGCGCGAAGCAGAUCUCAUCCUCCCCAAUCAGUUCGAAGCCGAGACGCUGAGCGAGAUCCCGAUCCACGACCUCGCCUCGCUCGCCCGCGCAAUCCACGUCCUCCACUCCACCUACCGCGUCCCGCACGUCAUCAUCACCUCGCUCCGCCUGACGCGCGACAACCAGAUCCCCUCGAGCAGACCGGUGACGCAGCCGCACACGCCGUCCGCCGAGGCCGCCGACCCCCUCUCAUCGCCGCCGCCACCGCCGCCGCACAGCCCCGCCCACGAGCACGACCAAGUCGAGACCCUCACCAUCAUCGGCAGCACCGCGACCUCAGACUUCAAGCCGCGCCUGUUCCGCAUCGACACGCCCGCGCUGCCGCUCUUCUUCUCCGGCACGGGUGACAUGUUCGCCGCUCUGACCGUCCCCCGCCUGAUCGAAGCCGUAUCCACGUCCCCGUCCGAGCAAAACCUCAGAAACACACCCAGUUGGCGCAGCCCCGACGACGUUGCCGCCGAGGACUUGCCGCUCGCGGCCGCGUGCCAGAAGGUGCUGGCGUCGAUGCAGGCCGUGCUGGGCAAGACGGCCGAGUCGUGCAGAGCGAAGAUGGACGCCUUCGACGACGCUGCCGCGAGGGCUGGGGGUGGGGAGAGCGAGACGAAGCGCCACCUCGCGCUUAUGAAUGCGAGUGAGGUCGUGGUCCCCCGGCAUGUGCGCGAUCUGCUCGAGCCGCCGCAUCUAGAGCGCUUCAGGCCGCGGGCCGUGACGGUCGCGAUUUAG